AUGAAGAAUGACGGGACCAGAAAAGAGAGAGCAAAGCUGAUCGCUUUGACCGGUGCCGCCGCCCUUCUAGCUGUGGCCGUCAACUUCGCCGUCGCUGCGGUCAACUCUCACUUCAAGAAUCGCAAGAGAAAAGUGGUUCCUGGUACAAAUGUAAAAAUAAAUUUAUCCGCUUCCGAGAUACUGAGAUUAGCAGACAGCAUUAUCGCGAAAUCCAAGAAGGUCCAUGACAUGGUUGCUUCAGUUCCUCUUGAUAAGGUAACUUAUGUCAAUACAAUACUACCGUUGGCGGAAUUAGAAGCACAACAGUUUUCUUUGAUACAGUCUUGUGCAUUCCCGAAAUUGGUAUCUUCUUCUGAAGAUGUUCGCAAAGCGAGCCUUGAAGCUGAGCAAAGGAUUGAUUCUCAUGUUUCCUCAUGCAGAAAGCGUGACGAUGUUUAUCGUGUUAUCAAAGCUUUCACAGCCCGAGGAGACUGGGUGAAUUCUCAGGCCAAGCGUUAUGCAUUGCAUUUGAUUCAAGAAUUUGAACGGAAUGGCUUGAAUCUCACCUCAACCAAGAGACAGGAAUUGCAGCGCUUAAGAACACAGAUAGAGGAGCUAAGUAUGCUAUACAUCAGAAAUCUGAAUGAUGAUUGUACAUUUCUUCUUUUUGAUGAUAUGGAGCUAGUUGGUUUACCUCCAGAGUUCCUCAAGAGUUUGGAUAAAGCUGAAAGUGGUAAAUACAAAGUUGUGAUAAGAAGCCUUCAUGUGUCACCCAUUCUAGAGCUAUGUAAGGUUGGAUCAACCAGGAAGUCUGUGGCUGUAGCUUAUGGAAGGAGGUGUGAAAUCAAUUUUUCUAUACUGGAAAAACUGGUUCAGUUACGUCAUAAACUUGCUAGAUUGCUUGGCUACCCAAACUAUGCAGAAUAUGUUAUUGAUCAUAGAAUGGCAAACUCAUCAAAGAAGGUGAUCGAGUUUUUAGAGGAAAUGUCAGCAAGAUUAACGGAUUCUGCAACAAAGGAACUAUAUGUGUUAAAAGAAGUAAAGAGAAAAGAGGAAGGAGAAUAUCCAUUUGGAAUUGAAGACCUCCCAUAUUAUGUCAAGAGACUCAAAGAAGAGCAAUUUGAUCUUGAUUUUGGAGUUAUCAAACAGUAUUUUCCAGUUCGCUUAGUUCUAUCAGGAAUCUUCAAAAUAUGCCAAGACCUAUUUGGCUUAAGACUUGAGGAAGUAAUUGAUGCAGAAAUUUGGCACCAAGACGUGCAACUCUUUUCAGUUUUUGACUUCAGCUCUGGUGAACUUAUGGGUUACUUCUAUCUUGAUAUGUAUACCAGGGAAGGAAAAUUUGGCCACACCUGUGUUGUGGCUCUUCAAGACAGUUCAUGCAUUAACAAUACAAGACAGAUUCCCGUGGCUUUACUGAUAGCUCAAUUGCAAAAGGAAGUCGAUGAACAUCCUGGAUUGCUGAGAUUUUCUGAAGUAGUAAAUUUGUUCCAUGAGUUUGGUCAUGUGGUGCAUCAUAUUUGCAAUCGUGCACCAUUUGCUAGGUUUUCUGGCUUGCGCUUGGAUCCUGACUUUGUCGAGAUCCCAUCCAUAUUAUUGGAAAACUGGUGCUAUGAAAGCAGCUCUCUGAAAUUGAUUUCUGGUUUUCAUCAGGAUAUCACUAAGCCGAUUGAGGAUGAGAUGUGUAAUUCAAUGAAGAGAUGGCGGAGUUCCUUCUCAGCACUCAAAUUAAAACAGGAAAUUGUUUACUGCCUUUUUGAUCAGAUCAUAUAUUCGUCUGAGAACGUAGACAUGAUCAAAUUAUUCGAGCACCUUCACUCUAAGCUUAUGUUAGGAUUGCCAAUGUUAGAAGGAACUAAUCCUGCUUCAUGUUUCCCUCAAACUGCUAUUGGUUAUGAAGCUACUUGCUAUAGUCGGAUAUGGAGCGAGGUUUUUGCCGCAGACAUAUUUGCCACGAAAUUUCGAGAAAACAUAUUCAACGCGAAUGCUGGCAUGCAUUUCCGUAAUAUGGUAUUGGCUCCUGGAGGAGCAAAAGACCCUCUUGAGAUGCUAUCUGACUUUCUUGGAAGGGAGCCAUCGAUACAAGCUUUUGUGGAUGCCAAAUCCCGUACUGUCUAA